GCCAAACCACGGGAGGAAGAGAGGUGGGGCCUCAGUAGGCGCCUGCACACUGGCUGAAAUGAAGCAAAAUGUCCGGCUUUUGGGGGCGGGACUCCUGGCAAUAGCCUGCUAGGCGCAUGUGCACAGGCGACCUCCAGCCGGGGCCAGGUGGGAGGGGCAGUAGGGGGGCAGGGUCGCGCAGUGCCCUCUGCGCCUGCGCCCCGGCGCAAGGUGGGGCUGCGGGAGCCCGCACUGUAGGGUGCGCGCCAGGGUUGGGGGCAACUGUCAAUUGUCACCCUGAGGCUAGCAGCAGCGGGAUGUCGACAGCCUCUGGGUCUUUGGACUUGGCUGGCUCCGGAGCGCCCCCGCCCGGCGGGGGAGCCCAGGCGGCGACAGCUGAGGAGGAGGAGCGAGAGGUGGUACGAGUCCGAGUCAAGAAAUGUGAGAGCAUCUUGCCACAUGAGUUCCGAUCUUUUGCUGUAGACCCCCAGAUCACCUCAUUGGACGUGUUACAGCACAUCCUCAUCCGAGCUUUUGAUUUGAACGGUAAGAAAGCUGCUUUCUUCUCACUUCUAUCCCUCAACUAUCCUGUUACUGUCCCCAGAGGGGACCAACAUUUUACCAGUUUCCAAUGUGCCCUCCAGAUACAAGCAGGAAGAAGAACUUUGGCAUCAGCUACCUUGGCCGGGACCGACUAGGACAGGAAGCUUACCUCUCACUUUUGUCUGACUGGGACCUCAGCACAGCCUUUGCCACUGCCUCCAAACCUUACCUGCAGUUGCGUAUAGACAUUCGGCCUUCGGAAGACACACUUCACUCUGUGUGCCCAGGCCCGUUGUUGGAAGAUUGGGACAUAAUCAGCCCCAAGGAUGUCAUUGGCUCUGACGUGUUGCUGGCUGAGAAACGGUCAUCGCUGACAACUGCUGCCCUGCCCUUCACACAGUCCAUCCUCUCUCAGGUGGGCCGUACCUUGUCUAAAGUCCAGCAGGUACUGAGCUGGUCCUAUGGGGAAGAUGUCAAGCCCUUCAAACCACCCCUGAGUGAUGCCGAGUUUCACACAUACCUGAACCAUGAGGGCCAGCUCUCCCGCCCUGAAGAGUUGCGCCUGCGGAUCUAUCAUGGUGGUGUGGAGCCCUCACUGCGAAAGGUGGUGUGGCGGUACCUGCUGAAUGUGUACCCAGACGGACUGACAGGCCAAGAGCGGAUGGACUACAUGAAACGCAAGAGUCACGAGUAUGAGCAGCUCAAGAGUGAGUGGGCCCAGCGAGCAAACCCCGAGGACCUGGAAUUCAUCCGAAGCACGGUCCUCAAGGAUGUACUGCGCACUGACCGGGCCCACCCUUAUUAUGCAGGGCCUGAGGAUGGCCCACACCUGCGAGCACUACACGACCUGCUCACCACCUAUGCUGUUACCCACCCACAGGUGUCCUACUGCCAGGGCAUGAGUGACCUUGCCUCACCCAUCCUCGCUGUGAUGGACCAUGAGGGCCAUGCCUUCGUCUGCUUUUGUGGCAUCAUGAAGCGCCUGGCUGCCAAUUUCCAUCCUGACGGCCGUGCCAUGGCCACCAAGUUUGCUCACCUCAAACUGCUGCUGCAACAUGCUGACCCUGACUUCUACCGGUACCUGCAAGAAGCAGGUGCUGAUGACCUCUUCUUCUGUUAUCGCUGGCUGCUGCUUGAGCUCAAGCGUGAGUUCGCCUUUGAUGAUGCCCUCCGCAUGCUCGAGGUCACCUGGAGCUCACUGCCCCCUGAUCCUCCUGAACAUGAGGUGGAGCUGGUUGGACCUCCCAGCCAAGUGGAAGACAAUGGCUUUGGUGGCCACAGGGGGCGGCCUGUGCGACAGAGGCACAUGCUGAGGCCUGCUGGUGGAGGAAGCAGUGCUUUUGAAAAUGCUGUUGACCACUUGGCCAUACCCAGCCAGAGGCCUAGUGGUGGGGGGCGUCUCCUGAGACAAACCAGCCUGGAUGGGCUCCAGCAACUCAGGGAUAACAUGGGCCCCAGGAGGGACCCUCUGGUCCAGCUGCCUCGCCCAGCUGCCCUCAUCAGCUCCAAGUCCCUCUCUGAGCCCUUGCUUAACUCCCCAGACCCACUUCUCUCCUCCUUUUCCCACCCCAAUUCCCCAUCCUCCUCAUCUCCACCAUCUACCCAGGAGGCCUCUCCCACUGGCGACAUGGCUGUAGGAUCCCCCUUGAUGCAAGAGGUAGGCUCCCCAAGAGACCUUGGGAAGUCCCUGCGACCCCCACCCCCAGUGGGCCUGCCUCCACCCCAGGAGUUUGGCCGAGGGAACCCAUUCAUGCUCUUCCUCUGCCUGGCCAUCCUGCUGGAGCACCGUGACCACAUCAUGCGCAACGGGCUAGAUUACAAUGAGCUGGCCAUGCACUUUGACCGCCUUGUGCGAAAACACCACCUGGGGCGCGUCCUGCGCAGGGCCAAGGCUCUCUUCGCUGAUUACCUGCAGUCAGAGAUGUGGGACUCGGAGGAGGGGGCUGAGGCCACAGCCCCGUCUUGAUUAAACCUCUCCAGCCCACCAUCAGCCCCCCACCAGGUAUCCAUUCUUUGCCCUGAGGGACUACACAUGAGACCCCACCUCCCUGCCUGCCAGCCCCUAGACCUGUUGGAGUGUGGGGCCCUUUUUCCCCAGGUCAGAGUGUGUGGGGUUUUGCUUCAGCACUGCCCCCUAGAGGCCACAGCCUUUUUUUUCUGUUUUUGUUUUGUUUUUAACUAUACUUUGCACACAUGAAG